GGGCUAUGAAACCCAUCUAUGGCAAUAAACAUGGGCUUAGUUCUCAAAGAAAAAAGUACCAAAAAUAGUAAGAAAAAUGAAAAAUUAUUUUGGGCCAUGAAACCCAUCUAGGGGUGAUAAACAUGGGCUCAAUAAACAGAUAAGGUUCCACUAACACUUGAAUUCAGAUUACUGGACUGAAAGUUCAAUUUCAAGACUCACACAACUAAAUUAAUUUUAUCUCAAAUUGAUUUUUUUUUUUUAUUAAUGGAGUUCGUUAGGUGGAAAUGUGAAUAAAAACUAAAAAGUCAAUAAUUUCGUAAUGAUGAUUUUACUUUGUAUAUAAAAAUAAAAAGAAAAAAACAAAGUCGAUCCAUAAUUAAAGUAAAGUAAGCUUUCACACACGAGAGCUUCCUUUGCCUUUAUAUGCUUUGUAGUAGCCAACCUAAACUCUAUACAGAUCCCUUGUGACAAUAGUUAUAAUUUUAAAACCACCAUGGGAGCAAAAGUCCAAAACACCCUCAUCUUCUCCGUCAUUGUUCUCUUCGUCUCCUUCUCCUCCGCCGCUUCUUCCUCCCAAUACAACACCCUCGUCGUCAACACUCUCCCUUCUUCUCCAAUCCUCUCAUCUCCCGAGUCCGAAUCAUUGACCACUGUAUCCCAAUCCACAACUUCACUCUCACUCCACCUAUCACACGUCGAUGCCAUCUCCUCCUUCGCCGACGCAUCUCCGGCGGAGCUCUUCAACCUCCGUCUCAAAAGAGACUCUCUCCGCGUCGAGUCCUUGACCACCCUCGCCGCCGUCUCUUCCCGCCGGAACGUUACCAGAAGAGCUCCACGCUCCGCCGGUGGGUUCAGCGGCGCUGUUAUCUCCGGUCUCUCGCAGGGAAGCGGAGAGUAUUUCAUGAGGCUCGGCGUCGGGACUCCGGCGACGAACAUGUACAUGGUCCUCGACACGGGAAGCGACGUCGUUUGGCUGCAAUGCGCUCCUUGCAAAGUGUGUUACAACCAAUCCGACGCGAUCUUCGACCCGUCUAAAUCCAAAACGUUCGCCGCCGUCCCGUGCGGUUCUCGUCUCUGUCGGAGAUUGGACGACUCGUCGGAAUGUUUCAGACAGCGAAGCAAGCGUUGUCUCUACCAAGUCUCGUACGGUGACGGGUCGUUCACGGUUGGAGACUUGUCGACCGAAACGCUGACGUUUAAGGGAGCACGUGUCGAUCACGUGGCGGUGGGAUGCGGUCACGACAACGAAGGCUUGUUCGUAGGCGCGGCUGGGCUGUUGGGCCUGGGCCGCGGAGGGUUAUCUUUCCCGUCGCAGACGAAAAACCGUUAUAACGGUAAAUUCUCUUACUGUUUGGUGGACCGGACGAGUUCCGGUUCAGCUUCUAAACCGCCGUCGACCAUCGUCUUCGGAAACGACGCCGUUCCGAAAACCUCCGUUUUCACGCCGCUGCUGACGAACCCGAAGCUCGACACGUUCUACUACUUGCAGCUUCUUGGGAUCAGCGUCGGCGGGUCCCGCGUCCGCGGCGUUUCGGAGUCGCAGUUUAAGCUCGACGCCACCGGGAACGGCGGAGUUAUCAUCGACUCCGGCACUUCCGUUACUCGGCUGACUCAGUCGGCUUACGUGGCGCUUAGAGACGCGUUUCGUCUCGGUGCGAAGAGGCUGAAGCGCGCUCCGUCGUACUCUCUGUUCGACACGUGUUUUGACCUCUCCGGGAUGUCGACGGUGAAAGUCCCGACGGUGGUGUUUCAUUUCGGCGGCGGAGAGGUUUCGCUUCCGGCGAGUAACUAUCUGAUUCCGGUGAACACUCAAGGGCGGUUCUGUUUCGCGUUCGCCGGGACGAUGGGGAGCUUGUCGAUAAUUGGGAACAUACAGCAACAAGGUUUCCGGGUCGCUUAUGACUUAACCGGGUCACGGGUUGGGUUUUUACCUCGCGCGUGUUAGAUUGACUGAUUUAUUACCAAACUCUUUAUGGGUGUGAAAGCACUUUAUCUAUAUUGUCAUCGUCAGUGAUUUAUCAUACUACUCAUUAGUAGUAGGCUAUUAACUCAUUGUUAAUGGAGAUCCCGAGAUGGAGAUUUUUAUUUCUAUAUGGUUUAGAUACGGUUCUAUAAAAUUGUACUACUUCUUUACUCUCAAGUCUCAAGUCAAAGAGAAGUAAAUCUUAAAUGUAUUGUUUUUCUUUAAUAAAAGUGAAAUUAUUGAUAACGCA